AUGGGUACCAUCGAUGAACAAUUUGACAUUCUAUUACAAGAUAAUAUUUUUACAAAUACCCUCAAUAUGAUUUCAAAAUCAUCAACUGAUGAUGAUGAUGAUAUUUGUUCAAUUGAUGAUCGAAUACUUGAUCGUUUUUGUAUUGAUAUAUUACCAAAAAUUCAUCAUAAUAUUAAACAUUUUAUUCUUGAACCAAUGUCUAUGGAGCGUAUUCUUCUUGCUAGUAACUAUCCAAAAUUGACUUCUCUCAAAUUGUUUAAUUUUGGACAAAAUAUCGCUUUAAAUUAUUUUACAGAUAAGUCAAUUUUUCAACAUAUUUUCAAAUAUCAAAUAACAGAACUUAUUCUUGAAAAUAAUGAUAACAAUGAUUACGCAGAUGAAAAUAUAUCACCAAAAGAAUAUAAUAAAAAUGUAUAUGUAUCUAUAUUGACUUUAUUCGAAAAUCUUCAGUCUUUAAGUAUUGUUGGAUCAUUCACGAGCAGUUAUCCACCAUUAUCAAUAGUUGAUUUACCAUCAACUACUUUUUGCUCUUCGACUCUUACAAAACUAUGUAUCAAUAUACGUAGUUUAGAUGAUUGUCUUUAUUUACUUGAUGGUCGUAUUAAACGAUUAACUACAUUCAUUGUUCAAAUACGUGAUAUUCACAAUGAUUUAUCAAUUAUUCAUAAUACUGAUAAUUUAUCUAAUUUGAAAUGUUUUUCAUUAACAUGUUAUAAUCUAACUAAUGCAUAUGAAAAUCGAGUGAUACCUUUAUUACAUCGUAUGAUAAAUUUGGAAAAAUUAACUUUAUAUAUUCGUAUUACAGAUCAAUCUACAUUUGUUGAUGGUACUCAUCUACAUAAAGAAAUUCUUAUGUAUAUGUCACAACUUCAUACAUUUAUUUUUUAUAUUAGUACUAUUAUUCAAAUUGAUGAUUCAUUUCAUCGUUUAUCUGAUAAUAAUAUAAAAAAUACUUUUCAAAAUAUAGGUUAUUAUCAAACAUCUUGUAUUGUAAACUAUAGUCGAUCCAAAGCAAUAUGUCAUGGUUUCUCACUUCCAUUCGCAUUUGAUCACCUUGAAAUGAUCACCAAUACAUUUCCAACUAUAAUAUUCCAUCAUGUUACUUAUUUGAAGGUGUUUGAUGAUGUUGAAUUCAAACAUGAUUUCUUCAUUCGAAUUGCUAAAGCUUUUCCAUUGUUGAAACACCUUACUAUUUUCAAUAAAAUUUUGUUAUUCAUGGAUUUUGACAAAUAUGAAGCUGAUUAUAUUCAAUCAUGUCCAAUUAUUCAAUUUUCUCAUCUUAUUUCACUGGAUAUCAUGGUUCAGAAUCGAUAUUAUGUUGAACAAUUUUUACUUGAUACAAAGGCUCAUGUACCUCGUUUAAUCGAAUUAACACUAUUUUAUUCUAAUCUGAAAAAUGUCACAAAAAAUUUUACAAGAGAUGCAACACGACACAAUUGUGCUAAUAUAAAACGAUUAAUCUUUUAUGAUCCAUGUGAUUAUCCAACAAAAUUUAAUCAUUAUUUUCCUCCUUUGAAUAUUGUAUCUUGUCCUAGUAUUAUUUCAUAA